ACCGAGUAUAUAGCCGUUGAUGCUGCCGACUAUGUGGUUUUGGCCGAAGGCGAAGAAUUGGAACAGUGUGAUGAUGGUAGUGUUAUUUUUCUGGCCGAUGGCCAAGAGUUGAUAGAAACAAGUGAAGUGGUAGAGGAACAAGAUGAUGAUGCUACCAUGAUGAUAACAGAGGAUGGUCAGAUGAUGAUGGUGGAGGAGGUGCAUGAGAUCAUGGAUGAGGAAAGUGGCGAGCAGCUGGAAGUGUAUCAGCAUGAAGAAGUAAUAGAAGAACCGCCUACACCGCAGCAGUUGUGGGCAGAAUUGGAAAAGAAAAGAAAGAGACUGAAUUUGCCACGAGUACCGCGUAAGUUUAUGCUGUUUGAUGGUAUUUGCGCGGAGAUUGUAGACUACGAUGAUGAGGAUAGUUCUCCCAUAGUGGAAUUUUCCAUGGUGGCCGAUGAUCGUGAAGCGGAACGUUUGCCGGUGGAAUGUGGCGUUUGCCCGGACAUUAUGCACAAAUCUAAACUGGAGGCUCAUUUAAAGACCCACCUCAAGCCGGGUACUAAACGCUAUAAAUGUAUUUACUGUGAAGAUGACUUCGUUACACGGGCCUAUGCCGCCGGUCAUGCUAGAAGGCAUAUGGGCAUUAGGCCUUAUGUUUGUGUACCUUGUAAAAUGUACUAUUGCACUAAACAGGAUCUAAAAGUACAUGAACAGCGUCGGCAUUUAGCUAAGGAGCAUAUCUGCGAACAGUGUGGCAAAACAUUUGCCCAAAAUACUUCCUUAAGGCAUCAUCGUUUACUGGUGCACGAACAGCAGCGUAACUAUGAGUGUGAACAUUGUGGUAAAAAGUUUCUGCGUAAAUAUGCCAUGACCGAACAUGUACGCAAUGUCCAUUAUGGUGAUAGGAGACUGCUCGAUUGUCCCUUCUGUGAUUUACGCUUUAAGGAUACCCAUAAGCUGGCGCAACAUCGCAAGGAUAUGCAUUUGAAUCAGGGUAAAUUUGAAUGUCGUGUUUGUGGUUUGGAAUUUAAUCACAUCGACUUUUUUGAUGCCCAUCGUCGUUCUUUGCAAUGUCGCAAAAAACUGGGACGUCAUUUGUUCCAACAGAAACAGGAUAAUUAUGAUGAAAUGGAUUUGCAGCAACAACAUCAAGAUGAUCAAACUAUACUGCCCGAUCAAUUGCAGCAAUACCACUAUGAAGAAACAAUUGGAUCAGGGGCAAAUGAGGACGAUAACAGUCAACAACAGCUAGAUCAACAUCAGCUUCACAAUCAGCAAUUCAAACAAGAGCAAUUAGAACAGCAAGGUGUCGUAGAAGAGAUCACCCAUGAUAUGCACGAUGAAAUAGUAAAUGAGCAUGAGAUAGAAGACCUAGAGGAUCAGGAAAAUAUUGAGGUCGAUGAACGAAAGGUUAAGGCGGAACAACAGCUUUUAUACGAAAUUGCCGCCAUGGAUAAUGCUUAAAAGAUACCUUAAGUUUUCCAAUUUAAUUGUAAUAGGUUU